AAUUCUUGUGAAUGUAUACAUAUAUAAAUCCAUCAUACGCACAUUCGGAGCUCAGAAGCUGUCAAGGCUGUCACGUGGAUUUUUUAAAUUUUUACCGCGAAACUAAACAUCAUUCCUAAUAAUACAAGACAAAAUAAAUAGAUAAAUAAAAAAUUGGUCCCCAAAAGAGGCAGGAACAAUUAUUAAUGUAUGAAAACCACCAUAUAUAAUGUAAUUGAUGAAUAGAGACUGAAAAACGAAAAACUUGGAGCUCUGACUGUACUGCUUGCGCUGGAUGUAUUGGACAUGAACGGAUGAACGUCACACUACGUCAUACUCUUACGUUUUAUUAUGAAAUAACUAGUUGAUCACAAAGUAUAAUAACUUUAGAGACAUUGAUAACAGUCUCGUUGAACGUGCAGUUACCUGUAAUAUAGAAAUUAAAAUAUAAAAUCUCCGGAGGAUAAAAAAUAAAAAGAUGAAUAAUAUUGACCACAUUACUUUUUUAUUGAAAAAACUCGAUUCUUUAUCUUUGGAUGAUGCAAAGUAUCGAGAAUUUCGCGAGAAUAUAAAACAAGGAGUUGUGGAUCCUUGUGAAAUUAUUGAUUAUAAUGGACAAUCAUACACGACUCUUCAAAUUGCCAUUCUUGCAAGUGAUGAAGACUUUAUUGACUAUCUUCUUGACAACCGAGUCGAUGUAAAUGACGUUACCCGAUGUGGAGCAGCACUUCAUCUAGCUGUUCAUCAGAAAAACAUCAAGUUAAUUAAGAAACUAGUUGACGCCGGUGCUGAUAUCAAUGUAACAUCACUAGACAAUAAUUUUACACCACUACAUUUGGCUGUUGACGGAAAUGACAUUGAGCUUGUCAAAUUUCUUAUCAAUCAGGGUGCCAAUGUUAAUGUGAAGGUCGCGUGCAGUCAGAGAACUCCCCUAGAGAUUGCUGUUAGCCAAAGUAAUGAUGCGCUAAUAGAUUUACUGCUAAGCAAUAAUGCUGAUACUAAUUUAAGCAAAAAUUCCAAUGAAACAGCUCUUCAUCUAGCGGUUAAACUUGAAAAUUUAACAUUGAUUAAAACAUUAGUCGAGGCUGGUGCUGAUUUGAAUGCUCAUUCACCAGCUUACAAAGUAACGCCAUUAUAUUUGGCCAUUGAUCAAAAUCACUACGGUAUUGCUGAAUUUCUAAUAACUCAGGGAGCUGACGUAAAUUAUAUUUUUGACAUUAAAGGAAAUUGCACUUUACUGCACAUUGCUGUUAGAAAUAAAAAUGAAAACAUGAUUGAAUUUUUGUUAAAUAAUAAUGCGAACGUUAAUAUAAAUGUUAAAUACUGUCAAACAACUCUGAAUAUAGCUAUUGAACAACGCAACUUAAAAUUGAUUAAAAAAUUGAUUGAUGCUGGUGGUGAUGUUAAUUUAUUUUCAUUGAAAAGUAAUCUAGCACCAUUACAUACAGCUGUUAAACAAAAUAAUUAUGAAGCUGCUGAAUUUUUAAUUAAUCAUGGAGCGGAUGUGAAUGUUAUUAAUAACAUUAUUAAGGCUCAAGGGCUUUAUGACUUUACGCCGUUACAUAUUGCUGUCAAAAAUAAUAAUGAAAAUAUUAUAGAAUUAUUGAUGGAUAAAAAAGCAGAUGUUAAUAUCGGUAUAGUAAAUUCAGCUGUUUUACGAGGAAAUUUAAAAAUAAUAAAAAAGUUAAUUGAUGCUGGUUUGGAUUUAAAGAAGACAACUGAUGCCAUAGUAGUAGAGCUGGUGAGCAUAGCUGUGGAGCACAAUCACUACGAAAUAGUUGAGUUUUUUAUGAAUACUUAUAAGCCUAAAAUCUAUGAAACACCAGUAGUCUUUUAUAUCAAUCAUUUCACUGAUAUGAAGAUAAUUAAUUUACUUUUCGCCGCGGGUAUUGAUGUCAAUAGUAUCAAUAAACUAAGGUGGAAUGAGACACCUCUACAUACUGCUAUAAAUCAGAGUUAUUUUGAAUAUUUUGAAUUAUUAUUAGACCAUAAUAUGAUUAAUAUUAAUGCUCUAACAUUACAAGGAAAAUCUCCUCUUCAUUAUGCCAUUGACACGUGUAGUGAAAAAAUAAUAAAUUAUUUACUGGAUGCUGGAGCCGAUAUAAAUUUGGCUGAUGAGAAAGGUUGGAUGGCGAUUGAUUUUGAUAAAUAUUAUAAAAAACUUGUUACAAUAAUCAAACACCAUAUUGUUAAAUUAUAUUGUGCUAAUUUAUAUGUCAAUGAUAGAAAUUUGGAAGCUAUUAACGAUAAACAAUUUAAUAAUUUACGUAAACAAUGCUAUGAUGAAAUUGAAUUAAUGAAAAAAACACGUAUCGCGUUUACUAAUUUAACUUAUUAUGAGGUGUUGCAUAAACGUCAAUCUACGUUAGCUCGAAAAAUAAAACAUGUAGAUAAAAAUGUAAUUUUGCAUGAAAGGGUUGAAUUUCCAUUGUACGCUGGUAUGAUUAAUUAUCGUCUAAAGAAAGCUGUACAGAGAAAAGAACUAUUAAUCAAUGCUGAUAAAAAAAUUUAUUGUAUUUUUUACAAUGUACUUCCAGAUACAUUUGUGAGACAUAUUUCUGAUUAUUUAACUAAUAAAGAUCUUGAAAUAUUAUGUUUACAAUAAAAUUAUUAAUAACUGUUGUUUAUUAUUGACAUCACUACUUUUUUCCUUUGUUACAAUCAUCAGUAUUUACGAAUUAAAGAAAAUAUUUUACAUAAAUAGUACAAGUCAUCAUCAUUAAAAUAAGUUACGAUUUUUCCGCACAUAUACGGUAAUUCACUGCAUUUGUCUGCUUUUUCCAUCAGCAGACUUCUUUUGACCUGUCCAUCUUUUUUAAAGUAAUUAACGGGCUGGUAGAUGCCCCUGAAAUUCUGUCGGAUUUUGGCUUUGUUUGCUCAAGGACUGACCUGAGAACUAGAAGGAUACUAUCGGCUGAUAGGUCGGGUAAUAAUUAUGUGUAUCAUGGUCCUAAAAACAGGAUAGCGAGACUGGUGAACCAAUACUCUACUGACAUCAAUUUUUUUUAAGGAUCCCUUUCCUCAUUUUCGACAGCGAUGAAGGGGAUAGUGCUUACCCUGGUGGUAAUUUUUCGGAAUUUUUGCUGAAAAACUCAGUUCUAAAGUUCCAAAGACUUUUUCAGAGUUUUUCAGAGAAAAGACCAAAAAAUUUCCACCAGAGUACUACUUGAUUCUAUCUGGUUCUGAGUAAUAGUGAUGAUGCAGGCAAUAUGGUGCAAUAUGUUUUUCUAAAUAUUAAUUUAAUAUGAUAUAUUUUUUUAUAUAUAAUGCCGAUUGGCGUAAAAUUGUAUUAAAUAAAUAAAUAAUUUAAA